AAAAAGACAACCAUAAACAACAUAAGACGACAAAACCCUUGGCUUACAGUUUAUCAUCCGGUGACCUGCUGAUUGUACACCAUCGCUAAAAGGUUGCUCUGCCAGUGUGCGCUAUACCAUGGCCUCUCGUCUCUACUGCCGAUGUCUUGCCGCGCGCUCCAAUGUCUGGGGUUCUAUACAGGGUGGCAGGGGGCUCGUCACCCAGGCAGCGACGGCAAAGAGGAGCCUGGAUGAGUUUGAGCCCAGUGGGCCACGCAUGAAGACUGCAGUGCCCGGACCCCUGUCACUGGAUCUGCAGAAACAGCUGGGAGAGAUCCAGAAUGUGCAGUCCUUGAACUUCUUCUGCGAUUACGAGGAGAGCCGGGGGAACUACCUGGUGGACGUGGACGGGAACUGCAUGCUGGACGUCUACAUGCAGAUCGCCUCCAUACCUAUUGGGUAUAACCAUCCUGCUCUCAUGAGUAUCAUGACGAACCCUCGUAAUCUCAGUUCCUUUGUGAACCGGCCAGCAACGGGCAUGCUACCGCCGCGGUCGUUUACAGAGAAACUGUUGGAUGGCCUGCUCUCAGUGGCACCAAAGGGAAUGAAACGAGUGCAGACAAUGGCCUGUGGCUCCUGCUCCAAUGAAAACGCCUACAAGGGCAUCUUCAUAUGGUACCGGACCAAACAAAGAGGGCACAGUGAUCCAACUCCCGAGGAGACGGUAACCAGCGUCAUCAACCAGGCCCCUGGCUGUCCAGAUCUCAGCAUCUUAUCCUUUAUGGGCGGAUUCCAUGGUAGAACCUUGGGGUGCCUGUCUACCACACACACCAAGGCUAUUCAGAAGCUGGACGUGCCCUCCUUCGACUGGCCUAUCGCACCAUACCCCAAGCUACGCUACCCGCUGGACCAGUAUGCACGGGAGAACGCCCAGGAGGAGAGCAGAUGCUUAGAGGAGGUGGAAGACCUGAUUGUGAAGUGGGAGAAGAAAGGCAAACCUGUGGCGGGGAUCGUGAUCGAGCCCAUCCAAGCGGAAGGAGGAGACAACUAUGCAUCCUUCGACUUCUACAGGAAGCUCAGAGCCAUCGCCAAAAAGCAUGGGAGUGCGUUCCUGGUGGAUGAGGUCCAGACGGGCGGUGGCGCCACGGGGCUGUUCUGGGCCCAUGAGCACUGGGGGCUGGACGACCCCGCCGACAUGGUCUCCUUCAGCAAGAAGAUGCUCACCGGAGGGUUCUUCUACAAGGAUGAGUUCCAGCCUGAUAAGCCUAUGAGGAUCUUCAACACGUGGAUGGGGGACCCCACCAGGAACAUGUUCCUGUCGGAGGUGCUGAAGGUCAUCAAGCAGGACAACCUGCUGGACCAGGUCAAGAGGACGGGACACGUCAUGCUCAACGGACUCUACGACCUACAGGCUCGUUACCCACACCUCCUCAGCAGAGCCAGAGGACUGGGCACGUUCUGUGCCAUCGACGUGAAAGACGAGGACUCGCGGAACAAGCUUAUCCUGAAGGCCAGGAACAAAGGUGUCGUUAUGGGAGGCUGUGGAACCCAGUCCAUCAGAUUCCGGCCUGCCCUGGUGUUCAAAGAACAUCACGCACACCUCUUCCUCAGCAUCUUCAACGAUGCAUUGGCCGAAAUGAAAUGAAUGACUUGAAGGGCUAACUUUGCACAUAUGAGAAAUUGUAAUUUGCACUAUGGUCACCUGGAUUAUUCAGAUCACACAUGGAUUUCAUUGUU